AUGCCACGUCAGUUGAAUUUGGCUCUUCUCGUUUGCGAUACCCCUCGAAAAGAAGUAGUGGAGAAAUACGGUGACUAUCCCCAUUUGUUUCCUCAAGUGUUCAAUGGAGCCAUUGGAGACCGCGAUGUACAAAUCUCUUGGAAGCAUUUCGACGUCGUUCACAAGCAAGAGUAUCCAGACCUACAAGACCUCGCUGACAACAAGACAUUCGAUGGCAUUGUUAUUACCGGUUCAGUGGCAUCGGCUUACCUUGAUGAUCCAUGGAUUCUAAAGUUGGUCGACUUUGUCAAAGUGAUGAGGACCGAGCCCUAUCGUUCGCAGGUGCGUCUUGUGGGUGUAUGUUUUGGCCACCAGAUCAUUGCACGUGCAUGUGGAGGAACUUGUGUCAAAAAUCCCAAAGGAUGGGAGUUUGGCGUCUUUGAUAUCAACCUUACACCAUGGGGAAAGCAAUUUCUGAAAACGGAUAAAUCAUCCUUGCGUAUCCACCAAGUGCAUCAAGAUCAUGUUGAGGAAUUACCACCCAAUUUCCACAAUUUGGCUACCACAGCACCUCAUACACCCUUCCAUGGAUUCGUUUCGGAUGACUAUCAAUGUAUCACCAUACAAGGCCACCCUGAAUAUGUGCGAGGUUUCGUCAAGACCGUGCUUACGAUUCGACGAGAUGCAGGCAUUGUACCCAAGGAUUAUGCUAACGAGCAGCUUGAGCGUUUGGACUCUGUGCCUGACAACACCAAGGAUAAUCUAUGGUUGGUAGGACGCAUGAUUGAUUUUAUUCUAGGGAAUUUGCGUUGUUAG